AUGUCUGCACGAGUGAGGCCUUUGGACCCACCCAGAUUUCUGGUGGAGGGGGUGGAGCAGGUUACCAUGGAGGACGUUAUAGAAAAUAAGCGUCCUGAUGCUGGAACUCUCUUCAACAACACCAACAACAGCAAUAACAAUGAAGAGGAGGACAAAAAGAAGAAAAAGAAAGAAAAAAAGGAGAAGAAGGAGAAAAAGGAGAAGAAAGAAAAAAAGGAGAAGAAGGAAAAGAAGAAAGAACAAGAAGAGAAAGAGAAGGAGAAAGAAAAAGAGAAGGAAAAAGAAAAAGAGAAGGAAAAGCCGAAGGAGAUCCAGGUGGUGGAUCCGGCUGGAAACAUGUACUACAACUGGCUGUUCGUGAUCACGUGUCCUGUGAUGUACAACUGGAUAUUCAUCAUAGCAAGAGCUUGUUUCGAGGAACUGCAGGGGGAUUAUCUGAUCCUCUGGUUCUUCCUGGAUUACUUAUCUGAUAUGGUGUACCUGCUGGACAUGGUGUUCAGGACCAGGACAGGAUAUCUGGAGCAGGGUCUUCUAGUGAAAGAUGAGAAAAAGCUUCGCGAUCGCUACACAGACAGCGUGCAGUUUAGGCUGGAUCUAGCCUCAAUGGUUCCUACUGAUGUUUUCUACCUGUACUUUGGCAUGAACUACCCAGAGAUUCGCAUGAACAAGCUCCUGAGAGUCAAUCGACUGUUCGAGUUUUUCCAGCGCACUGAAACGCGGACUAACUUUCCCAACGUCUUCCGAAUCUCCAACCUCGUCAUGUACAUCGUGAUCAUCAUCCACUGGAACGCCUGCAUGUAUUACUCCUUCUCCAAAGCCAUCGGUUUCGGAUCGGAUGCUUUCGUGUACCCGGACCCUUCAGACCCGGAGUUUGGGCGAUUGGUGCGUAAAUACGCCUACAGCAUGUACUGGUCCACCCUGACGCUCACUACCAUCGGCGAAACACCACCGCCUGUUGAAAACUCUGAGUACUUUUUCGUAGUCACCGACUUUCUAGUCGGCGUGUUGAUUUUUGCUACAAUCGUCGGUAACGUCGGCUCAAUGAUCACAAAUGCUAACGCAGCACGAGCCGAUUUCCAAGCUCGCAUCGAUGCUAUUAAACAAUACAUGAGCUUUCGGAAAGUCACUAAGGAUUUGGAGAAACGGGUUAUUAAAUGGUUUGAUUACUUGUGGACCAAUAAAAAGGCGGUCGAUGAGAGAGAAGUACUGAAGUAUCUUCCGGACAAGCUGAGGGCAGAGAUAGCCAUAAACGUCCAUCUGGAUACGCUAAAAAAAGUGCGUAUCUUUGCGGACUGUGAAGCCGGGCUUUUGGUGGAGCUGGUGUUAAAGCUGCAGCCGCAGGUUUACAGCCCUGGAGACUAUAUAUGCAAAAAGGGCGACAUCGGGCGCGAGAUGUACAUCAUUAAAGAGGGUAAACUGGCAGUGGUGGCAGACGACGGGAUUACGCAGUUCGUGGUGCUCAGUGAUGGAAGCUAUUUCGGCGAAAUUAGCAUCCUCAAUAUUAAGGGCAGCAGGGCAGGGAAUCGCAGAACCGCCAACAUCCGCAGUAUUGGAUACUCAGAUCUGUUCUGUCUUUCCAAAGACGACCUGAUGGAGGCGCUGACUGAAUAUCCGGAUGCCAAGGCCAUGCUGGAGGAGAAGGGACGACAAAUCCUUAUGAAGGAUAAUCUCCUGGAUUUGGAGUUAGCCAAGCAGGGUCCCGAUCCCAAAGACAUGGAGGAGAAGGUGCACAAGAUCGGCGGUGUGCUGGAGGACCUGCAGACACGCUUCGCCCGCCUGCUUGCUGAACAUGAAGCUGCACAGGGAAAACUGAAGAAGCGUGUCACUAAGCUGGAGAAGAAGAUGACCAGUGAAGCUCUGAUGGAGCCACAGCCGGAAACUGCAGACAAGACAGACUAG